GUACUGUCAUCGUGUAGGACGUCAGCGGAAGUUCCAGCCUGUAUGGAUUUCGUCAUGUGAGGCAGUUAAGAGGUUACCGGUACCCGGUUAGCGUCACCUGUAUACGUAACUGUAUACUCCCUCGGACUCGGACACUAUUUAUUUCGAAGAUAGCAUCCAGGAUGGACGACUGUCCCCAACAAACGCCGCUGUUUACCUUCGGUGUGAUAGCUGACAUUCAGUACGCAGACCUCGACGACGGAUACAAUUAUUCCCGGACGAAGAGGCGGUACUACCGGAGCAGCCUCCAGCUGCUGAGGCAAGCCCAGGAUAGUUGGUCAGAGUCGGCUGUCAAACCCGAGUUUAUCCUCCAGCUGGGAGACAUUAUCGACGGCUUCAACAAGGGCCCCGGCGCGUCAGACCGAGCGCUGGACACCGUGCUGAGAGAGUUCAGCUCCAGCUCCGUGGAGGUCCACCAUGUGUGGGGGAACCACGAGUUUUAUAACUUCAGCAGGAGCGCGCUGCUGCGUUCAAAGCUCAACAGCACACCGCACACUGACGGGAGCCUGAGUGGAGCCCGGCCCGGCAGUGACAUCUAUGCCUACAGCUUCAGCCCGUUCCCCGGCUUUACAUUUGUGGUCCUGGAUGCGUACGAUGUGAGCCUGCUGGGCAGAGACAAGUCCAGCGGACAGUACAGCGAGGCUCUGACUUUGAUAAGACAGUACAACAACAACGAGGAUCUCAACUGUCCCCCAGUGGCUGAGAGCCUGUUGCAGAGGUUUACAAUGUUCAACGGUGGUUUCAGUAAGGACCAGCUGGACUGGCUAGAUUCUGUUCUGUCCUCAGCCGACAAUAAACAGGAAAGAGUCACAAUUGUCAGUCACCUCCCUGUCCACCCCUACUCCACAGAACCCGUCUGCCUCGCUUGGAACUUCGAUGAGCUCUUGGCCAUCAUACAAUCCCACAGCAGUGUGGUGUGUUUCAUGGCUGGACAUGACCACGACGGUGGAUACUACCUAGAUAAAACCAUGGGAGUGCACCACCUGACGUUAGAAGGGGUGAUCGAGACUCCACCCAACAGUAACGCCUUCGGCACGGUGUCUGUGUACAAGGACAGGAUGGUGCUGAAAGGCAACGGGAGGAUUCGAGAUCGAGUGCUUCUGUUUCCAUGCCAAAGUGACGCAGGUCAUAGGGCAAUAUGACACAUGCUGUAAUUCAGAUGCUGUCAAGGCAAUAUUUUUUUAUUUAGAGAGGUAUAUUCUGGACCGGGACAUUUAGAGGAUGUUUGUCACAUUCUUUGGAGAAGUCAGGGAAUUUUACACAGGUCACUUUACAAGAAAGAAAAUCUCCCAUGACACAGGCUUUCCUGUGUUUUUCUCAGAUGAAAAAAAUAUUUAAUAUUACCUCACUUCUGUAAUGGUACUUUAACUUUCCUUUCUUUUAGUUAUAUUAAAGAUGGGAACACUUUCAAAGGUUAACCACUGACAACUAUUACAAAAACACACACCCAUAUAUACUCUGUUUUUGUAGAUGAUGCUUGUUAUGUUCACUUACCUCAAAUAAUUUAUUGCACUUAUCAGUUUUUAUUAUUGAUAAUCCUGACAGAGCUGAAACUUCUGUAUAUCUUAUUAUACACUGGUUGUGUUUAAGUUGGAGGUUUAAAUUUUGCAUUUUUUACACACAUAUUUUAAAAAGAAAGUUUCUUGCAAUUGCUGCCUUUUUGCAUGUUGCAUAUUGCACACAAGUGAUUUUAACAUAUUAUUUGCUGAGUACUGUAUUGUGCAGAGUAGUGAGAAAUUUGAUUGGUGCAGUGUACUGCUAACUAUAACUGAUAUAUUACCCAGUUUUUAGGUGAGAAGAUCAGCAAUGUAAAACAGUGCAACUGGUAAUAAAAUCUUUACACCAGCA